UCGUCAGUUCCGUCAGUUUCCUAAUUUUCUUUUAGUCAUUUCAUUAUUUUCGAGAUAUUUUUGUCUUAGUAGAAUUGUAUUGCCAUGAUUUCUUACUAUACUUUGGACAUAAUUUAAAUUAAAGAAUAAUUUAAGAAAUUGGAUUUCUAAUACAGGACAAUGGUUGUUAUACAAGAUAAUAAGAUGGAUUUCGAAGUUAUAGGUGAUCAAGAAUUGGGCCUUGAUAAGCCUCCUAAAUUAGGCCUAAAAUUAUUUUUAAAUCAUAAGUUUCCUCUUAAGAGUAAACAAAAUAUUGUACUGAGACCCAAGCAAAUGUUUGAAAUGAUGCCACUUUCAGCAAGGUAUCUAAAAUAUUAUGUAGGAAAGAGAAUGCAAAAGAAGCGUCCAAUAAUGGACUAUGUCAAUAUGAUAUCAGCACAGAGAAUGUAUGGUUGUCCCAUUGGAGGUAUAGGAGGUGGUACAAUUGGCAGAGGGUUCAAAGGUGAAUUUUGUCGGUUCCAAUUGUUCCCUGGUAUAUAUGAAUAUGUAACAGUACCAGAAUGUCAGUUUAUUGUUAACAUAAGAAAUGCCAAAAAUGAAACAAUAUAUCAAUCAGUUUUGUCAACUUAUAAAAAACCAAGAAAGGCACCUGCCAGUUGGGAAUGGAACCUAAAAGGUUCUGAUUGUGAGUACACAGCCCUGUACCCUCGUGCUUGGACAACAUAUGACUUAUCUAAAUAUGGAAUUAAAUUAGUUUGCAGACAAAUAUCACCUGUGAUACCUCAUAAUUAUAAGGAUAGCAGUUUACCGUGUGCAGUAUUUGUGUUUUCUGCGAGCAAUGUGUGCAAUGAACAUCGUGAUGUUAGCAUUACAUUUACAUGGACGGAAGUGUUAGGUGGUCCAAACAAAAAGAAGAAUAUUGGUAAAUUAGAUUUAGAAAGAUAUUCAGAGGAAUAUAGUUGUGGUGUAACAUUGGAGCAGAAGAUAGCCGACAAUACGUGCGCUUUUACAAUCGCAAAACGGAAAUGUGAUAAAGAAUCCAUUCACCAAGGCUACUGUUUAUGGAACUCUACUAAAACUUCCUCGUAUGUAUGGGAUUGUUUGAAAAAAAAUGGAAAAUUGCAACCAGAUCCGAGUCUAACUCCUCCGCCGCCUAAUUUAUCCGAUAAAAAAACAGAGACCGAGAAUAAAAAUAAAAAGAAAGAAAAACCUGGGAAAAUUUAUAAAUGUGAUUCAAUAGGGCUCUCUAGUUGUAUAAGUCUGGACCCCGGGGGAGUGGGCUCUACGGAGUUUGCACUCGUCUGGGACAUGCCUGUGAUAAAGUACAAAAAUGAUAAGAAAACACAUAAAAGGUAUUAUACAAAGUACUUUGGCAGCGACGCUAUAGCCGGGGCCAGCAUAGCUGCUUACGCGUUAAGAAAUUAUGAAAAUUGGGAAAAACAAAUUGCUGAAUGGCAGGAACCGAUUUUGUCAAACAGCAACAUCCCAGACUGGUUGAAAAGUGCCUUAAUGAACGAGCUUUAUUUUGUAGCCGAUGGUGGAACUAUUUGGUUUGAUGUCCGGGAUGAAUAUCCUGAAACAGAUCCGAGACAUGAAUUUGGUGUGUUCGGAUACUUGGAAGGACAUGAGUACAGAAUGUAUAAUACAUAUGAUGUACAUUUCUACGCCUCCUUUGCGAUAGCGCAGCUCUGGCCCAAUUUACAGGUUGUGCUGCAAUAUAUGUUCCGAGAUUCUAUACCAAUGGAGACGGUGAAAUGCAGACAAUCUCUAUAUGAUGGGAAAUCUGUUAAAUUUAAAAUCAAGGACUCCAUUCCGCACGAUUUGGGUGACCCAGAGGGCGCGCCGUUCACCAACAUCAACGCGUACAACAUCCACGACGUGAGCGAGUGGCGCGACCUGAACCUCAAGUUCAUCCUGCAGGUGUGGCGCGACCACCGCCUGCUGCGCGCGCACUGCCCGCCCUUCGCCGACGACCGCUGUCGCACCAUGCCCUACAUCGACGACGUGCGGGACGACGACGCGGACGACCUGUACGCGCGCUCCACCGGACAGGCCGUUGACCUCGCCACCGACGUCGCUCCGCCCACCGCUCCGCCCUCCGCCCCGACCUCCGCUCCGCCUCGCCCUCGCAACAUCCUCGACCUGCUGUACAGCGGCGAGCCGGUCGAGGAGGCGGAGGGGGAGGCGCGCCCGCAGCCGGAGGCGGGGGGCGGGGGCGCGGUGUGGAACGCGCGGCUCUACCUCGCGCACAUGUACCCCGCGUGCGCGGCGCUGCUGCGCAAGGCGCGCGCUUGGGACACCGACGGAGACGGACUCAUAGAGAACGGCGGCUUCCCGGAUCAGACGUACGACGCUUGGGUCAUGAAGGGACCGAGUGCAUAUUGCGGAGGGCUGUGGGUGGCGGCGGUGAGCGCGGUGUGCUCCAUGGCGCGCACUCUGGGCUUUGAAGAUGACGAAAAGGAGUUCUCCAAACUUUUAGAACAAGCGCGCAAAUCCUACGAGGAGAAGCUGUGGUCUGGUUGCUAUUAUCGUUUCGACACCCGUCCCUGCAACCGUAACGUGGUAAUGGCGGAUCAAUUGGCGGGACAUUGGUUCCUCCGUGCGUCCGGUUGUACGGAGCAGGUGUUCCCCGAGGCGAACGUGAAGAAAGCGCUGCAGACUAUAUACGACAACAACGUGGUGCGAUUCGCGGGGGGCAAGCUGGGCGCCGUCAACGGGUACGUGGUGGGUGCGGGGGGCGCGGUGGGUGCUGGGGGUGCUGGGGGUGCAGUGGGUGCGGGGGGCGGCCACGUGGACACGACGGCGCUGCAGAGCGAGGAGGCGUGGACCGGCGUCACAUUCGGGCUGGCCGCACUCAUGAUAUACGAAGGUAUGAACGAGCAGGCGUUCGCGACUGCAGGCGGUAUGUAUAACACAAUGUCACAAAUGGGCCUCUCCUUCGAGACUCCGGAGGCGUUCUAUGAGAACGGCAACCACCGCUCUAUCGCGUACAUGCGACCACUGUCUAUAUGGGCCAUGUACCAGGCCAUAACUGCCCUGCCUCAGCAACCAGUCUCGCUGCCCAACGGACAACCUCCUCAUGCCAAACUUAACAAUCAUUUAUAAUAUUUAUUCAAUAUUUAUUAACAAUUAAACAAAUUACUGAGGCCUGGUCACCUCUAAGUUGGUUAAGUUCCGACCCUCUAAGUGGGGUCAUAAUAUGAGCUGACGAUGUCAACGAAAAAGAUGCGUCGUAAUCUAGUCUUAGGCGAUCUACUCAGUAGGUUUGGUUAUCAGGAUUGUAUUUAACGUGUUAAAACACGAGUAUUGCCUGUUGUCUUAAGCGAUUACUGACUUAUGGCGACUAAACCUUUUUGAGACGCUUCGUGUCAAAUUACGUUUGGCGCUCAAUAAGGACAACGGAUCACGACUAUUAGAGCGAAAUACACGCAACAUGAUUAAAAUCAGUAUUUUAACAUGAAUAUUAUAAAAUAAUUAACAUGUAUGCGUGAUUUCGUGCGGUAGAUGAACGAAACCAGUUGUAUUUGUCGCAAUAAAUAUUAUUAGAAAAUUUUAUGUACACAAUUUUUUUCUAUUUAUUAAUUUAAUUGUGAAUACUAACCAACUAAGACUCAAGUGUAUUAAUUUUAUUCAGUCGUGACAUGUAUGGUUUUUUUUUAAUUCGAAAAUGUCUUCCGAAAAAAAAAACUAUUAGCACGAAAGGGAAAUCUAAUAAUUCUAACACUGGUAUUAUAAUUUAUAUUAAUGCAAUAUAAUCUGCGACAGAGUUGUCACCAUACUCUUCAGGAAUCCAAGCGUGAAAUGUGUCAAAUCCCUAAUACGUUGCUUUUAUAUACUGAGUCAAAAAGGCAACCGUACUCAUUACUUUAACCUUUGCAAUGUUUUUAAUACACUUGAGUCUGACUUUAGUUACCAUUAUUUGAAUUGUUUUUAAACUUUUUUUUAAAUAUUUUGAAUGUGUUUUUUUUAUUUGAAAUGACGUACAAUGUAUUUAAGAUCAACUCUACUUCGAAUUGUGCUAAAUAUUUUUAUGAAAUUACUGUUAUAAAAGACAAAAAAUGUGAUAUUUUGUGCUAAUGUGUUACAAAACUCGUGUAAUUUUAUAUUGAGACGUCUUUUACUUUUUUUUUACAUCUAAAUGAAAUAACUCAACGAAGUGGGUGAUCUUUUUAUAUUUCUAUGAUAAUGUGUUAAAAUAUUUUAUAGAUAUACUGCCGCUAAAGUAUUUGGAAAUGUACAAAAAUCAAUUUAAAGGAGAUUAUUAUUAUUUCCAUUUAAUCGUCAGUAUUUUUUUUUUAUUUUAAUGUAGGUGACAAUUGGUAAUUUUUUUAACUUUAACAAUGCAAAUUAGAAUAAUCGGCUUGUAUUUUAUUUAUUUAAAACUCCUUUGAGGAGAACAAGGUAUGUAAUAAAAGAAAAAUUUGACUUAAAACAUUUAUUCAUGAAUGUAGGCAGAUAUAAAUGCAUUUUGGGAAAGUUAAACAUAAAAGUGCUAAAUAAAAUAUUUUUAAAAACACAAUGCUUUUUUUCUUCUUCCUAUUUCAAGUUUUUCAUAACUUU